AUGCGCCCCAAGAAGAGCGAAACCGGUCGUGGGCUGUCGAAGAGUUUUCAGCAGCCUUCUGGAAACCUUUUUGGCCAGUCCUAUGGUGAACUUCUUAAACGUCGGAAAGAACGCUGUCAGAGCUGCUGGAGAACCGAGAAGCGAAUCAGGUAUGCUAUACGAAGGAUGGUGAAGAGUCAAGCAUGCUACUGGAUCGUAAUUGUACUGGUCUUUCUGAAUACCGUCUGCGGAGCAAUUGAGCAUCAUGGCCAACCCAUCUGGCUGUCUAACUUUCUAUACUAUGCGGAAUAUGUGUUCUUGGGACUGUUCAUAGCGGAAAUGCUUCUGAAGAUGUAUGGGUUGAAAGUACACAUAUAUUUUGAAUCUACCUUCAAUAUUUUUGAUUGUGCUGUAAUUAUUGGGAGUCUUUUUGAAAUACUUUGGGGUGCGUUUCACCCGGAAGCUUCAUUUGGAAUCAGUGUUUUGCGUGCGCUACGACUACUUCGAAUUUUCAAGGUCACGAGAUAUUGGGCCUCGCUCAGAAACCUUGUGCUUUCGUUGUUGAACUCAAUGCGCAGCAUCAUAUCGCUUUUGUUCCUGCUGUUCUUAUUCAUCCUCAUUUUCGCAUUACUCGGGAUGCAACUAUUUGGUGGGGAUUUCAAUUUUGAUGAAGGUCGGCCAACUCAGCAUUUCGAUACGUUUGUCAAAGCGCUGCUGACAGUGUUCCAAAUUUUGACAGGCGAAGACUGGAACACCAUAAUGUACAAUGGGAUCCGUGCUCAGGGUGGAGUUUCUGGUGGUGGCGGGAUCUAUGCGGUGUAUUUCGUUCUCGUGAUGUUGGUCGGGAACUAUACCCUUCUGAACGUGUUUCUGGCUAUCGCUGUUGACAAUUUGGCCAAUGCUCAAGAACUGACCGAGGCCGAAGAGGAGCAGAAAUUGAAAGAGGAGAUGCAGGCGAAUGGAGAAAAUAUGGCCAACGAAUACCACUCAGAAGAGAGUAUGCCUCAGGCACAAGUGAAGCCCGUACAAACACUGGCUAAACCCUCCCCUCCGAUUGCACCACUCACAAAUCAGAGGAGGAUAACUGGCACUUCUGUGGCAAACACAUGGGUGAAGGGUGAGAAACUGGCCCAUGCUCCCCUUCCGUUCUCACAAAUUUUACAAGACGGAAUGAAUGCAGAGAGGACGAGAUUAGAAAGCUUUGGGAAAUUGAACAUGGUUUCGAUCGAGAGCGACGACACCGCAAGAUUACAGGGAUCAACACAACAAACUCAAGGAAAACCUAUUCUACCCUACAGUUCAAUGUUCAUUUUUGCCCCGAAUAAUGCCAUCCGUCGUUUCUGUCACUUUGUUGUCAACCUCCGUUACUUCGACCUAUUCAUCAUGAUUGUGAUCUGUGCAAGUUCAAUCGCACUGGCUGCUGAAGACCCAGUCUGGGAGCAUUCCAGUCGGAAUGCAAUUCUGGAGCAUUUUGAUUACGCCUUCACCGGUGUAUUCACAAUCGAGCUGGUACUGAAGGUGAUUGAUUUGGGCGUAGUUCUACAUCCUGGUUCAUAUUUCCGUGAUGCGUGGAACAUACUGGAUGCCAUUGUUGUAUUUUUUGCAUUGGUCGCAUUCGUCGUCCGGGUAUAUGGCUGCGCCAGUUCAACUGGCCAGCUGAAGGAAAUAAUCUCAAGUGAAAAACUCUUGGAGACGAUUGGAUAG